CGCCCUAAGGCGUGUAGCUCCCCGCAAAGGACCUCAGCCCCCCCCCCCCAGGGGGCACCUUGUUGAGAGUCAGCGCCCCUUGGUGAAGUGCCCACGCGGCUGCCUGACCUCUGCCCUCACGUGGGUGUGCCUGUGCCCUGCCCGAGUGGGGGAGCAGAGGGGAGCUCUCUGGGUCCCCUAAAGCAGCUCAGGUCAAGCUGUGGGAGGCUUAAAGCAGGUGGCAACACAAAGCGCGGCCUCUUGUGGGCUGGGAUGGAGAGUAGGGAGUACAGGUUUGGGAACAUGGCCAGUAAGAAACUGAGAAGAGCAGGAUUGGCACAGGAGCUUUGUGAAAGGCUGAGUCGGCAUCAGAUCAAUACCUGUCAUGACUUUCUGUGUGUGUCAUUCUUGGAGCUAAUGAAAGUAACUGGACAGAGCUAUCAAAAUGUGCAGAAACUUCUUUGCAAAGUCAGUCGAGCCUGUGCCCCCAAAAUGCAGACUGCUUAUGAUCUGAAAAUGAAAAGGGCUGUUAAUCCCUUCUCAGCCUUCUUGUCCACCACCCUGGAUAGUUUGGAUAAAACCUUGCAUGGUGGAGUGGCCUGCGGAUCUCUCACUGAGGUGACUGGCCCACCAGGUUGUGGCAAAACUCAGUUCUGUAUUAUGAUGAGCGUGCUGGCUACUUUGCCUACCAGCCUGGGAGGACUAGAUGGGGCUGUCAUAUACAUUGACACAGAGUCUGCAUUUAGUGCUGAAAGGUUGGUUCAGAUAGCAGAACAUCGGCUCCCUAAUUAUUUUGUCACAGAAGAAAAAUUGGUUUCAAUGACCCGUAGCAUCCAUCUAUAUCGGGAGCUCACCUGUGAGAGUGUACUGAAAAGGAUUGAGUCUUUGGAAGAAGAAAUUAUUUCGAAGAAAGUUAAACUUGUAAUAAUUGAUUCUGUUGCCUCAGUAGUCAGAAAGGAGUUCGAUACCAAACUUCAAGGCAACCUGACAGAGAGAAGCAACUUUUUAGCUCGAGAAGCAUCAAUGUUAAAGUACUUGGCUGAGGAAUUUUCAAUACCAGUUAUCUUGACUAAUCAGAUUACCACAUGGUUGAGCAAUGGCCUUGCUAUCCAGGCAGACCUGGUGUCUCCAGCUGAUGACUUGUCCCUGUCUGAAGUUUCAGGAGCACCUGGGAGCAGGAAGAUGGAAUCUGGGUGUAUGAUAGCAGCACUGGGGAACACAUGGAGUCACAGUGUCAACACUAGGCUCAUACUGCAGUAUCAUGACUUGCAGACAAGGCAGAUCCUGGUCGCUAAGUCCCCUGUUGCUCCAUUCUCAGCUUUCCUCUACACCAUUGAGAAAUCUGGUUUGGUUCUUCAAGAACACUGAGACACGUUUGUGAAAAAUAUGCAACGACAGAAGCAGAAACAUUAACACCUGUUAGUUGGGCCAACACUAUAAAAUGUUGCUGUCAUAACUAUGUUGGUUAGGUGUGUGGAAAAAAACCCCUAUGUGGCAUGGACAUGUCAGCAAAAUUCUCCAGGUAGAUGAAUCUGCACCAGCAAAAGAGACCUCUUGUUGCCAUAGUUUGUCAUUUGAGGACCUGGUUUAAUUGUUAGUAACAAAAGAACUGCUUUUGGUGGGAUACGGGCUUUGUUAGUGUGGCUUUAUGGGUAAGUGAUACAGCCAAAGCCUUUGUAGUAGAGACUUUCCUUUAGUCUUGGAAAUCAAAGCAUCUUGAGGAGUUUACUCUUUUCAGUAAAUAAGUAUAUAACUGAUUAAAAAUGGUGUUGAGAAGAUAAGGAAGGGAAAACUUUCUAAUUUUGAAGAGUGAACUGGGUUUCUUGUGGUUUUCUGGGUUUAAAACCACUAGAAGCCAGCAAAAAAAACCUUUUACUUAACCUUAAUUUAAUACUUCCUUUGCAAACAUAAAAGCUUACCAGUCAUGCCCCUGUUAGGUGAUAGACAGACAUAAGUGACAGAGCUUUUGGCUACCAGUAUAACUUUUGUCUGCUUGAGGGAAGACAUCAAGUAAUUUUAGUCCCAAAUUAGCAAAGCACUUAAGCAUGUGUAUUUAACACGUAGCAUGUAUUUGGCAUGUAUUUAACCCCUUUGAAGCCCCACACUGAUUAUAUCCAUAUGUGUUUUGCUGGAUUUCAGUCAAAGUCCCAACAUUUAGAUUUUGUUUAGAGUUUUUACUAAAUCUGAUACGAAUGAAUCUAGUAUGUUUUCAUAAUUCUUCCUAAGAAAAGGCAUACAAGUACUGUCCCCAGGAUCCUUCUUUAAGAAGGUUUCCAGGCUCUGCAGAGUGGAUGGUGACCACUGAAAUGUUACUAUAAUUCCAGGCUGUGGGAUGAGAGGGAACGAGUGCAUUGUCCUCCACUUCUGCUGUCCUCAGGAUACUUAGCAUUUAGAUACAUGACUAAAUAUUUUUGCUCCUGGGUGCAGGGCUGGUGGGGAAGGGGUUGUGCUUGAGUGCUGGAGAACAGGGGUUGGAGAAGGCAAGUAGAGUUUCACCUGCUAUGGCAUAGGCUCACCCAGAGCAGAGCCCAGGUGUCUGCCGCCAUUCUGGUGCACUCCCCUCUCCCACCCAUAGUUAUGCUACUGAGAGCCUUAAUAAUGUUGAGUUACUGCUCCAAGAUCCAACCUAGGAGGGCAGGAAACCUGGCUAUAACUAAUUGUUCCUUAAGUAUGGCAAGGGCAGAUCUGUGCAGAGGAAGCAUGAUCUGGCCCUCGGUUUCAGUUUGACUGGGAGUCUGUCAUCUGUGUUUGUCCUUCUGUGUUCUACAGACUCUUGAGUUUUGUGACAUCUGGGAGUACUAUAACCAUUUAAUUUAUACGUGUAUAAAUCAGAACUGAUUUCUUUGAACAUGUGGCUACUCCAGAUUUACAGUUUUGAAGCUAAGGGAAGAAUUUGUCCAUAACUUUCCAAAGUCCUCUUUCUUCAAUUCCAGUCUGAAAUGGUUCACAUGCCCCUGCAAGCUUUCUAAAACAAAACUAUCCCCACAAACCUCAGUUCAGAGAGAAACUCUUGUUGAUUAGGAAUUCUUGAUUUUAGUGGGCUGCUCCCAUGUGUUUUCAGUAAAGUGGUAAAGCAAAUGCUGCCAGGGGGUAUUUCCAAAAGGCUUUGGCUGUAUUCAGUGAAGUUUUGUAUUGAUGAGAGCAAGUAUUUGUGAUAUGUGUAAGUACAAACUCCUGGGAACAGGAUAUUGAGGUGGAGGUUGAGCAAGAAAGAACUACACCAGCAGUUCUCUCGUUUAGCAUAGAAGUUGUUACAUUAUUAUAGCUUUCAUGUUGCAGAUUUGUAAAAUGAGGUCAAAUGAGUUUACAAUGGACAUAAUGUUCUCAAGCUAGCCGGUCCCGAAUAUAAAGCCAGGAAACUGCAGGUCUGAAAACAUCUUUUUCAGCCAGGAUGUAGUCAUGUAUUUUUGUCUCAUAAAAUCAUGGAAGUAAAAGACAGAACAACUCUGUCAUCUACCUCUUUCUCUGGUGGCUAUAGUAGGGUUUCUCCCUGUGUUCUCAUGUUGUGUUUAGUCUAACAUUCUGUGUAGCAGCUAAAACACCAGGUUAGCCCGUUUUCUCAUUUCAUUGCGACUUAGACUGCUAAUGGAAAUCUACUUUGCCCCCAAACUGUUUUAUACUGUAGUCCUAUGUACAACAUCUCUUCAGCUUUAGGAACUUCAGCUUGAAGGCUGACACCCUGUAAAAUUUAGCUGUCUCACAAUGCAGAAUAGUCUCCAAAAGGAAAUGGAGCAAGCUCGCUCGCUUUCUUAUAUUUAAAACUGGAUUAAAACUUGAUUAAUUAAA